UUCCAUCAAUCAAAACUGUGCUGGCUAGGCAUUGGCUAGCUUACAAUAGCCAAACACGAGGUGUGGCGAUUGGCACCUCGCUAAACCAGUCAGUGACCCCUGGAGUGUUCUGGGCUAUAACAUCGCCUGUGAUUGAAGGAGAGAUACGAGGGAGGGCUCAUUUUACUCGGAAGAGACCAUUCUAUGAGAAACAAGAGCUGGAAUACGAUUUAGAAUCGAUAUUUCUUUUAAAAUGGACGCUAUCGAUUACUAUAACUCAAAUCGCGCAUGUAAACAAAGGAGGGUCUUUCGUUUUUCCCCCUAUUUUUUCGUUGUUUUGGAUUAAAAAGUGGGAUGCAUCUUGAAGAGUGGACCCUUACCUUGAAAUGUGUGCUGGUGUUUCUUGGAAUAGUCCGAGCUGACCAGAACUGUAGGCGAUGAAACAUUGUCCAAAAACUCCUGAGAUCCACACACUAUUAUAAAGAUGGCGUUUAUUAAAGAGGAAAGUGAAGACGUGAAGAUUGAAGAAACAUUGAAAGUCAAACAAGAAAAUACUGAGGAACAUACAGACCUCAUGCCGGUGAAAGAAGAGAGCAUAGCACCAAAUGAAAAGGAAGAGAAAGAACGAUAUGAGAUUCAUCAUGAUUUUAAAACCGAAGAAGAAUCUAUCAGUAAACCACAGAUUAAAGAGACUUUCUCACAGAAAACAGAUCAUAAAACAGGAACUACGAGUUAUUUCAUCCCUUCUCACUCUGAAAAGAGUUUCAGUGAACAUGGAAACCCUAAAGUCCACACUGGAGGGGAGUCUUACACCUGCCAACUGUGUGGAGUCAGAUUCAUACAUAAAGGAAACCUUACAGUGCACAUGACAGUUCACACUGGAGACAAGUCUUUCACUUGCCUUAAGUGUGGAAAGAGUUUUGAUCAAAAUAAAUAUCUUAAAGAGCACAUGAGAAUUCACACUGGAGGGAAGCAUAAUGUGUGCCAUCAGUGUGGAAAAAGUUUCCGCCGAAAAGGAUUCCUUAACAAACACAUGACAAUUCACACAAAAGAAAAACUUCUUACAUGCGGUGAGUGUGGAGAGAGUUUCGAACUACAGGUAAGCUUUGAAGAGCACAUGAGAGUUCACACUGAAGGGAAGCCCUUCACCUGCGAACAGUGUGGAAAGAGUUUUACUCAAAAAUCAAACCGUAACAGGCACAUGAGAAAACUACACAGCAUAUUUUCAACACAACCUUGAUCAACACAUGUGGAUUCAUUUUGAGAUUAAACUGUUUUAUGUCAUCAGUGUGGAAGGAGUUUCCUCGAACAGGAAUCAUGUAAUAACAUUACGAUGUGUAGGAUGCUCUGAAGUGAAGACCAGGGGUCUCAUUUAUAAAACUCUAUGCAGAUUUCAUACUAAAAAGUGGGAAGUCGUGGCCUAAUGGUUAGAGAGUCGGGCUCAUAAUCGAAAGGUUGUGAGUUCGAGUCACUGAGACAUUAAGGAAAUAUGAGAUACAGACUGUAAUGCCAUUUGUGCCAUUCACAUUCAUUUGGAUUUCUUAAGAUUAUACCAUUAUAUCAUUGUUAAGGAUUUGUAAUAAAAAGAUGAAAAUAUCCUUAAGAACAAAACAAUUUAAAAUAGUUCUGAGAUUUAUUUUAGAAUAGAGUCGAUCUCAUUCUUUUAAACUGGCCAAAAAGUAAAUUGUUUUAAAGAAUUCAAAUUAAAUGUAUGUAGUAAUGCUGAGAGCAUUUUAAGAGUGAAAUGUGCAAAUCUUACCAUUUACUUUGAGUUGUAUCAUUUAAUUACAGUGUUACUUUUUUAAUAAUGCUGUGGAUAUGUCUUCACACGACAUCAACACCUCUGUGCAGCUGUGGUUGUACAGUAAACUAUUAUGAUUGGACUUAUUCAAACAGGACAAAGUAUUGUUUGACCACUGAAUCCAGCAGUGUGGUCAAGUUCACAUCUUGUGUAAAAUUAAAGUGAUAGUUGACCAAAAAAUAUUAAUUCUGUCAUGUCGUUAUAAACCCCUAAGGACUCGGUUCAUCUUAAGAACACAAAUUAAAGGGGUCAUAUGAUGCUGCUGAAAAGAACAUUAUUUCCCACAUACUGUACAUUAUUGUUUCUCCUCUAUGCCCUGCAUUCUGAAACAUGAUACAUUUUUACAAAGCUUAUCGCCCUAAAAAGCGAGAUGUGAUGUGAUUGGCCAGCGAUCAGUGCAUUGUGAUUGACCGAAUACCUCAUGUGUGUGAUGGAAAUGUUACGGCCCUUAACAUAUUGUGAUGCCCUGUCCGGUCGAAGCGAUGUGACAUAAACAUUAGAACCCAUUAUAAACAUGAUACAAACAUGAUUUCUAGUCGUGUCCUUUUUUUGGAACUCAAUAUCAUUGUCAACCUUUAUCACAUUAUGGA